GUCGGUGGCAUCUUCGGUGAGCUCUCGUGCUCACAAGGUCCACUUCUAACAAGCAUGUGGUUCUGGAAGCUAUUACUCCUUUGGUCGGUCGCGGCCUUUGUCUCGGCCGAAGAAGCCGAUGACCGCAGUGCCUUCGCCGGGGCGGGCGCCUUCGCGGAGGCGAGCGCUGGAGGGGGGUACGGUGUAGGAAACCCGAUCAUUGCAGACCAGAGAUGCAGUCGAGCUGGAGAUAUGUUUUACAUAAGUAAAUUGGAUGGCUGUUACGUCUGUGGAUGUUUCACAUAUGGUUUCGGGCCACUGUACACUAAAUGUGCACCAUGCAAUCAAUGUCCACCCCCAAUGCCACCUAUACCACCAAUGCCACCACUACCACCGCUACCACCAAUACCACCACCAAAUCCGGAUUCAAUAUGUCCACCACCGGUAGUGAUUCCUGGACCACCACGCCCAUACCCAGUGCCAGUGCCCGUUCCUGGCCCGCGGGUUAUGGUGCCUGUUCCCGUUCCGGUCCCAUCACCUCCAGAAAAGAUCUACGUGAGGGGUCCUUCGGUACCCGUUCCUGUACCGGUCGAUAAGCCUUAUCCGGUUCCUUAUCCCGUCAAUCGACCAUACCCAGUUCCAACCCGGCCGCAAAUAAUAAAGGUUCCGUUACCGGUACCCGAACCUAUUCCAGUCCCAGGACCAACUAGAAAUGUACCGGUCCCUGUUCCCGUACCAUCACCGCCAGUACAUGUGCCAUACCCCGUACCGGUUCCCGGACCAGCUAGGAACAUCCCUAUCCCAAUUCCUAUGCCGUCUCCGCCAAUGCCAAUACCUUAUCCAGUCAACAGGUAUAUCACCGUCCCUGGCCCAGACAGAUUAGUACCAGUCCCAGUACCUUACACACGCACUAGAAUAUAUCCUGUUCCAAUCAUCAUAUAUGUUUCUCCCAUAUGCAGAGGAAGACUCCCUCUUACACCAUUCAGCUUAGCCGGUGAUAGGUGCCGUACGCAUACUUGCAAAAUCAGAUACAAUUAUGUAUAUAUAGAGUCCCAAAUUAUACCCGGCUGCGGUGGUGGUUGGGGAGUAACAUCAAGCGCACAAGCUUCUGCAGAAGCAGAUGCAUAUAGCGGUGGCUGGGGAGGAAGUUCAGCGGAUGCUAUUGCCAAUGCCAACGCAGGCGGGUAUGGAGGUUGGGGUGGCAGUUCAGCUGAGGCAAAUGCUAUAGCAAAUGCUAAUGGAGGAGGUUGGGGAGGAAUAGGAGGCAGUUCAGCUGACGCUAGCGCUAUAGCAAAUGCAAAUAGCGGAGGUUGGGGAGGAUACGGAGGCGGAAGCAUCGCUGACGCCAGUGCUUUGGCCAAUGCAAAUAGCGGAGGAUGGGGAGGUUAUGGAGGCGGAAGCAUCGCUGACGCCAGUGCUUUGGCCAAUGCAAAUAGCGGAGGAUGGGGAGGUUAUGGAGGCGGAAGCAUCGCUGACGCCAGUGCUUUGGCCAAUGCAAAUAGCGGAGGAUGGGGAGGUUAUGGAGGCGGCAGCGUAGCUGACGCUGGUGCUUUGGCAAAUGCAAAUAGCGGAGGUUGGGGAGGUUAUGGAGGUGGAAGCGGCGCUGAUGCCAGUGCUUUGGCAAAUGGAAAUAGCGGAGGCUGGGGAGGAUACGGAGGCGGCAGCAUAGCUGACGCUAGUGCAAUGGCAAAUGCAAACAGCGGAGGUUGGGGAGGUUAUGGAGGCGGAAGCAUCGCUGACGCCAACCCUUUGGCAAAUGCAAAUAGCGGAGGCUGGGGAGGAUAUGGAGGCGGCAGCAUAGCUGACGCUAGUGCAAUGGCAAAUGCAAACAGCGGAGGUUGGGGAGGUUAUGGAGGCGGAAGCAUCCCUGACGCCAACCCUUUGGCAAAUGCAAAUAGCGGAGGCUGGGGAGGAUAUGGAGGCGGCAGCAUAGCUGACGCUAGUGCAAUGGCAAAUGCAAACAGCGGAGGCUGGGGAGGAUAUGGAGGUGGAAGCAUAGCUGAUGCUAGUGCUUUGGCGAAUGCGAAUAGUGGAGGUUGGGGAGGAUACGGGGGCAGUGCAGCUGACGCUAGCGCAAUGGCAAAUGCAAAUAGCGGAGGUUGGGGAGGAUACGGGGGCAGUUCAGCUGACGCUAGCGGAAUAGCAAAUGCAAAUAGUGGAGGUUGGGGAGGAUACGGGGGCAGUGCAGCUGACGCUAGCGCAAUGGCAAAUGCAAAUAGCGGAGGUUGGGGAGGAUACGGGGGCAGUUCAGCUGACGCUAGCGCAAUGGCAAAUGCAAAUAGCGGAGGUUGGGGAGGAUACGGGGGCAGUUCAGCUGACGCUAGCGGAAUAGCAAAUGCAAAUAGUGGAGGUUGGGGAGGAUACGGGGGCAGUGCAGCUGACGCUAGUGCAAUGGCAAAUGCAAAUAGCGGAGGUUGGGGAGGAUACGGGGGCAGUUCAGCUGACGCUAGUGCAAUGGCAAAUGCAAACAGCGGAGGUUGGGGAGGACUCAUAUCACCACUUCAAAUCAAAGCCGGUGAAGAAGAUGCACAAGACUAAUAAUCACAACACAUUCGUCAAUGAUCUCGCAACCACUUGGACACUAACAUGACACGGCUUGUUCGUUUGACCCUAAAAUCAUAGAAUAAGAAAUCAGCAUUACAAAUAGACAUUUAAGCACGCUUCACCCUUUUUGUACAAAUAAAGUUUAAGUGGGAUAAUGAA